CGCGUUGAAUCGGUGUGUGAAAUCCCUCCCCACCCGCCGUCCGUCGUCACCGUCUCCUUCGUUUCCCCUUCCUCCUCUUUCGCCGUUUCUCUCGCCCCUUCCAACUGAUUCAGGCGGAUUUCUGCCGCUCGACCCUCCCGCUCCGGGAGCGGAAGGCCUUCCCGAUCCCAAACUGCGCGUAAAGGGUUCCAGCGAUCGGUUCGGAGGUCCGAUAUCUGAUCGAAUCCGGCGAUGGAAGGGAACAAGGAUGAGGCUCUCAAGUGCCUCCGGAUCGGGAGGGAUGCCUUGGAGGCGGGGGACCGCGUCCGUGCCCUCAAAUUCCUCUCCAAGGCUCGACGCCUUGACCCCACGCUGCCAAUCGAGGGCCUUCUGUCCGACGCCGAAGCGCCGGUUGAUGGCGAGUCUGAAGGUCCCGAUGAUUCUGCUGCGUCGUCGAACGCCGCCCCCCAGCGUGAUCGACCACCCUCCGGUGGUGCUUCUUCUCGUGCUGGUGCCUCGGCGGCUUCUUCUAAGGCUAAGAAUUGCUCUGAUGGGUCUGGUUCAGGUUCAGCCCGAGAGUACACGGAGGAGCAAGUUACGAUUAUCCGGCAGAUCAAAAAGCAAAAGGAUUACUAUCAGAUACUGGGGCUUGAGAGGGGUUGUACCGUGGAAGACAUUAAGAAAUCCUAUAGGAAACUCUCUUUGAAGGUCCAUCCUGACAAGAAUCAGGCGCCUGGCGCCGAAGAAGCCUUUAAGGCAGUCUCUAAGGCCUUUCAGUGUCUUAGUAGCGAAGAGAGUAGGAAAAGGUAUGAUGUGUCUGGUUCCGAUGAACCUGCAUUAACACGGUCUGCUGCACACCGUAGGAGUAAUGGGUUUAAUGGGUUCUAUGAUGAGGACUUCGAUGCUGAUGAGAUCUUUAGGAAUUUCUUCUACGGAGGAGGGCCUGCAGUCGCCACUUCUUUUGGCACAUUUCAAUUUAGAACUGGUGGUAUGGGUAGGGCGAGUGCUAAUGAGAUGCACGGUUCUUUCAAUCCUAACCUUCGGAUGUUGAUACAAAUUUUGCCUAUCCUUGUUCUGCUCCUGCUGAACUUCCUUCCAUCAAAUGAGCCCGUCUAUACACUCAACCGAAAUUACCCUUAUCAGCAUAAGCUUGAGACAUCUAGGGGCGUGAAGUACUUUGUCAAAUCUGUGAAUUUUGAAGAAGAAUAUCCUUAUCAGAGUCAAAAACGUACUUCUUUGGAAGAACAGGUAGAGAGAGACUAUGUUGGGAUUCUUACACAGAACUGCCGCGUUGAAUUACAGAGACGACAAUGGGGUCUGUCUUACCAGUCGCCACACUGUGACAUGCUUCAGAAGUUUCAGGCAACAGCCUGAUGCCAUUAAUUCAAGGUUGACCAGGGAUUUUUAAAGGUUACUUAAGGCGACAACAUUUUGUUAAGACACCGACUACAUGACCUAUUCCUUGUCUUCUGAUUUUGAAGCCUGCAAUCUAAAUCUGGUUGGAAUAUUCGACGCUUCAGAUAUCAUUUUGAUUAGAUGCAUCUUUAAAACCUACCGACUAUUUCUUUUCACAGAGUUUAUUGUAUAGAAAUCUUCAAUAGCCAGUAUGAUGGAAUCAAUGAAUCUGUUUGCUCAACAUAAUAAUGUAUUCAGAUUUCUCCCAACCUGAAUGUUACUUUGCUAUAAACCUGUGGUUGGUUUGUAAACCAUGUCAGGGUAUGGGCAUUGUGUGUCAUGUUUUUUAGUUUUUAUGUUCUCUUAUAUGUAUCUUUUUUUUUCCUUUC